UUCUAUUUUCACUCCUUUUCCCCAGGAGCCAUCUUCAUUGGCUGCAAAGAUUUCAUGGGCACUUUUAAACACCCGUUCUCUGGCUGCCCCUGGAUUGGCAUGUAGGCUUGCAAAGCCCCCGUGACUGCUCCGUACGGCUGGCCUCCUCUCAUCAUUUCCCUGCACUUUGGGAAUCAUCAGGCCCUUCCUUGCUCAGAUCUGGAGGACUUGGGCCUGUGAGCCGGGGCCCCUUCUGAGAAAGCCCGGCUGCCCUGGGGCAGGGAGUGGCGGCAAAAGAACUGGUCUGUCUGUCGUGGGCCUUGACAACCCAAGCGGCAGGGCAAUGGGGAACGUCAUGGACGGUAAGUCGGUGGAGGAGCUGAGCAGCACCGAAUGCCACCAGUGGUACAAGAAGUUCAUGACCGAGUGCCCCUCCGGCCAGCUCACCCUCUACGAGUUCCGUCAGUUCUUCGGCCUCAAGAACCUGAGCCCGUGGGCCAGCCAGUACGUGGAGCAGAUGUUUGAGACGUUUGACUUCAACAAAGACGGCUACAUUGACUUUAUGGAAUACGUGGCGGCGCUCAGCCUGGUCCUCAAGGGGAAGGUGGAACAGAAGCUGCGCUGGUACUUCAAGCUCUACGACGUGGACGGCAACGGAUGCAUCGACCGUGACGAGCUGCUCACCAUCAUUCGGGCCAUCCGAGCCAUUAACCCCUGCAGCGACUCGACCAUGACCGCGGAGGAGUUCACUGAUACCGUGUUCUCCAAGAUUGACGUCAAUGGCGAUGGGGAACUCUCCCUGGAGGAGUUCAUGGAGGGCGUCCAGAAGGACCAGAUGCUCUUGGACACGCUAACGCGAAGCCUCGACCUCACCCGCAUUGUGCGCAGGCUCCAGAACGGAGAGCAGGAUGAGGAGGGGGCUGGCGGUGGGGAGUCUGAGGCAGCGGAGGCAGCCGGCUGAGCCCACCGCCCUGUGGCUUCUGUUUUGGGGAGGGGAUGUGUGGUGGUGCCUGGUGUCGCAUUGUUUUAAUACUAGGUAGGUCGAGUUUACUGAACUCCAAGGCUCAGUUCACCUCUUCCCGGCUCACAGUAGCAGCAGAGUGGCAGGGACCGGAGCCUAGAGCUGGGGAAAGUGACAGAUGGUUCUGGAACCUUCUGUGUGACUCAGGUGGAGGUGAUUGCUCCCUGCUGGGGGCAACCUUCAACAUCUGGCCCCUUCUGGCACUUCCUCCAGCUUUACCACCUCCUCCACUGAGCUUCUCAGUUGCACACACUUCCAGGUAGAGAAGCUCUGAUGUGGAGGUGGGCUUUCCCUGGACUCGAAUGGACUCCUACAGAUCUGGUGGCUGCAGCCUCCAUCUGGGCACUGUGUCACACGCCCAUCCUGCCCCCAGGAUGUGUGUGGUCUGUGUUGAUUUGUUCCCCUUUCAGCAAGCAUACGUCGAAUACCUACUUUAUUAACGCUAGAUGUUAGAGGUGCAAAGAGGACAGUUCUCAUCCUCAAAGAACUCACAGGCUAAGCAUCAGUAUAAUAAAAUAUGCUAAGAGAAGCUA